CCUCCUCUCACCGUGAAGGACGCCUGCGUAAAGCGAGCAAAAGUUUGCGAGCUCCGCUCGAUUCGUCGAGGAGACGUGACAGGAAAGCUUGGAAGGAAGGAGCGGAUUGAGAUUGGUGAUGCCGGGGAGCGUGGCGCCGUUGGAUCUAGCGGGAGUGACGAUACCGCACCACUUCCGGUGCCCCAUCUCGCUGGAGCUGAUGCGGGAUCCGGUGACGGUGUGCACCGGGCAGACGUACGACCGGGCGAGCAUCGAGUCGUGGGUGGCGACGGGGAACAUCACCUGCCCCGUCACGCGCACCCGGCUCACCGACUUCACCCUCAUCCCCAACCACACCCUCCGCCGCCUCAUCCAGGACUGGUGCGUCUCCCACCGCUCCCUCGGCGUCGAGCGCAUCCCCACCCCCAAGCAGCCGGCGGACGCUCCCCUCGUCCGCUCGCUCCUUGCCUCCGCCGCUGUCGGUAGCGUCGCCUCGCGGGUCGCCGCGCUCCGCCGGCUCUGCGCCCUCGCGCGGGAGUCCGAAAAGAAUCGCGCUGUGAUAUCCACCCACGAGACCCGCUCGGCGCUCCUCGAGAUUGCGUUCGAGGGAGGGGAACAACCAGGGUGCUCGGACGCGGACCAGCCGGCCCUGGAGGCCAUGGCGGUGCUGUCCAUGCUGCCUUUGUCGGAGGCUGAGAGCGCGGUGGUGGCGACUCGGCCGGAGAGGCUUCACCGACUGGGGGAGAUUGUGAAGGGACACCCGUCGUCGGAGGCGCGGAUCAACGCCGCGGCGGUGAUCGAGUCAGUCGCGACGGGGACGCGGUCAGCGGAGACCAGGGCCACGAUCGGGGGUAUGGACGGGGUGAUGGGGGGGCUGGUGGCAUUGGUGGAACAACCGGGUAACCCGCGGGCGGUACGGGUGGGGAUUCGAGGGCUCCUUGCGAUGUGCCUAGCGAAGGAGAACCGAGCCCGGGCUGUAGCGGCCGGUGCGGCCGCGGCGGUGGUGAGGAGGAUGGGCGAGCUGUCGUCGAGCGAUUUGGAGCGAGCGCUGGCAACGGUGGAACUGCUGUGCCGUGGGGAAGGGGGAAGGGAGGCGGUGGUAGCGGGGUGGGGGGGCGGGGCGGCCGCGGUGGCGGCGCUAGUGAGGUUGAUGGCGUGGAAGGCAUCGGGAAGGGCUGCGGAGCACGCAGCGGGGGCGCUGGUGGCGGUUCUGGGGGGUUCGGAGGCACUGCAGAGGGAGGCGGUGGCUGCCGGUGUGGUGGCUCAUCUGCUGCUGAUGGUGCAAGGCGGGUGCUCCGACCGGGCCAAGAGGAAGGCGCAGCUCCUCCUUAAGCUCCUCCGCCCAGCCUGGCCCUAUCGCGACUUCAUUGCCAACUCCGACGACUUCAUCCAGGCAUUCUAAAAGCUCCCACCUUUAGGAAAGCAGCUCCUCUUCUCUAUUCUGACCUGCAAACUUCUUCUCUUUCAUUAGCAAUUACCAAAAAGAAAAAUCUAAUUGAUUUCCUCCUUUUUCUUUUCUUUUCUUCUGUCAAAAGACAAUAUCCAUCUUUAUGUUGGAUUCUCUCUUAAUCAGAGGGUGAAUGGUGUGAGAUGGCGCGCUGGGAUGUCGACUGUGGAGAUAUAUUUUGGUGUGUGCUUGGUUUGUGGUUUGUCCUUUGGAUUGGGGAGGGUGGUUUUUCCUAUGUAAAUAUGGAUUUUGGGUUGAAAUGGAUGGACAUAUGACUUGACUAUAA